AUGAAUCCAAUGAGCGGCCCAUCAGGGCCACCAGCUCUGUGGCAGGAGGCGCGCAACUCCGAUGGUCGCCCAUAUUACUACAACGUGCAGACCAAAGUGACUCAGUGGACAAAGCCCAAUGAGCUGAUGACACCAGUUGAGCGCGCUUUGGCAGAUCAGCCAUGGAAGGAAUACACUGCAGAGGGUGGGCGCAAAUACUGGUAUAAUACCGAGAGCAAGCAAAGCACGUGGGAGAUGCCCGAAGUUUAUAAAAAUGCGCUCGCACAGGCUCCAGCUGCUCCUGCUCCCCCGUCGCGUGAUGCCCCGUCUUUUGUCGCAGGCGGUACGACCUCCUUCCCCUCGCAGCCGCACCAGCGUGAUCGUGAUGAUUUUGACCGAGGAUUCCCUGAUCGGCGUGGUGGAUACGGCCCUAUGGAUACCAAUGGCAUGGUUGCUGCGCCAGUAUUGGGAACCCAGGCUGAGCCCGAGUACAGCUCCCUGGAAGAAGCGGAAAGCGCGUUUACGAAAAUGCUCAAGCGUCACAAUGUCCAGCCUGAUUGGACUUGGGAACAGACAAUGCGGGUGACGAUCAAAGAUCCACAGUACCGUGCCCUCAAGGACCCGCGAGACCGCAAGGCAGCAUUUGAGAAGUAUGCGGUCGAGGUUCGCAUGCAGGAAAAGGACCGGGCGAAAGAAAGAUUCGCUAAGCUCCGAGCAGAUUUCAAUACUAUGCUGAAGCGGCAUCCUGAAAUCAAGCAUUACAGUCGAUGGAAGACUAUUCGGCCUAUCAUCGAAGGAGAGACUACUUUCAGAGCUACCAACGAUGAAAACGAGAGGCACCAGCUUUUUGAGGAGUAUGUUGUCGAACUCAAGAAAGCGCAUAUUGCACAGGAAGCUGUAACACGCAAGUCUGCUAUGGAUGAGUUGGUGAACAUCAUGGGAUCUUUAGGUCUGGAGCCGUACACGCGCUGGUCGGAAGCCCAGGCGAUCAUUCAGGCAAAUGACAGGGUUCAGAGCGAUGAUAAGUUCAAAACCCUGAGCAAGUCUGACAUGUUAACUGCCUUUGAAAAUCACAUCAAGUCGUUGGAACGCGAAUUCAACGAUGCCCGUCAACAGCAGAAAGCAGUCAAGGCCAGAAAGGAGCGGCGCAACCGAGAGCAAUUCCUGGAGCUGCUCAAGGAGCUAAGGAGCCAGGGCAAGAUCAAGGCGGGCAGCAAAUGGAUGAACAUCUGUCCGAUGAUUCAAAAUGAUCCGCGGUAUCAAGCAAUGCUGGGCCAGGCUGGGUCCACUCCGUUGGACUUGUUUUGGGAUAUGUUAGAGGAAGAAGAGCGCUCGCUACGUGGUCCUCGCAAUGAUAUCCUGGACGCUCUUGAUGACAAACGAUUUGAAGUCACCCCCAGCACCACUCUCGAGGAAUUUAAUACGGUUAUUCUCUGUGACCGCCGCACUUACAAGAUCGACUCGGAUAUCCUUGCUCUUAUCUUCCAUCGUAUCCAAGACAAGGCGAUUAGGCGGAAUGAAGAAGAGAAACAUGCGGCAGAUCGCCACCAGCGACGUGCCGUCGAUGCCCUGCGCUCUCGGAUCAAGCGCCUGGAGCCUCCCGUUCGUGUUACGGAUACUUGGGACCAGGUACAGCCUCAGCUCGAGAAAUAUGAGGAGUAUAAAGCCGUUGAAUCCGACGAGCUCCGCGAGACUGCAUUCGAUAAAGUCAUUCGUCGCCUGAAAGAAAAAGAGGAGGAUGCCGACAAAGAUCGCGAUCUGCGCGAUCGAGACCGUGGAAGUCGGCGGGACUACGACCGCAGUGACCGUGACUACCGCAGCAGCCGGGGAGAGCGGAGGGGAACAAGUAGUCGCGUCAGCCGCACGCCGGAGCCGGAUGCCUAUGAAGCGGACCGCCGCAAAGCACAGGCAGACCGUGAACGAUCCUACCGAAAGGUCAGCGGGUUCUCGCCACCACCCCGUGACCGUCGUGACGACCGCGAUCGCUACCGGGAGCGCGACAGAGACCGUGACAACGACCGCGGCUCUCGAUCGUACCGGGACUUGGACCGGCGCGAGGACGAGCGUGAGCGCCUCUACCGCGCUCGUGGUGAUCCGCGUGGUAGCCGCGAUGAGCUUGACUACGGGGGCGACUCCCGUAGUACGCCGAGUGGAGAUCGUCGGCGCAGGCGUGAGAGCGACUCAGAAAGCGUGACUAGUCGGUCUGCGAAGCGAUACCGCCGUGAUAGCCGGGAGCGGGAUCGUAGCAAGGGCUCGCGGAAGGAUCGCGCCAGUGAACGUCCUGCUAUCCCUGAGGAAGAUGCGAAGAAGGAUGAGAAAGCGAUUCACUCAGGCAGCGAGGAAGGCGAGAUCGAGGAGGAUGAAUAG